CGGGCAUAUUCCUCCAUGUUUGUUUUUGUCGACACCAGGAGUAAACGUCAUCACUGUGCGCGAGUAACCUGCAGUCGCAUCGUUCAUUCACUAGCAGCAACAUAAAAAAAGGACAAAAUCUGUUUAACAGUAGUGUUCUUGUGUGUUGGGUCGCAGGAUGCCUCUACCCCCAGCACUACUGGCCCGCCUGGCCAAAAGAGGAAUUGUUAAACCUACAGAGCAAGGGGCAGAUGAAGAAAUUAUUGCUGAAGAUUAUGAUGACAACAAUGUCGAUUAUGAGGCCACUAGACUAGAAAAUUUACCUCCAAACUGGUACAAAGUGUUUGAUCCUACAUGUGGUCUGCCAUAUUACUGGAAUGUGGAGACUGACAUGGUUGCCUGGCUCUCCCCAAAUGAUCCCACUGCAGUGAUAACAAAACCAGCCAAGAAAACAAAAGAGGUUCUAGAACAAGACAAAACUGACAAGACUGAGAGAUCAGAAAAAGAGCGUGACCGGGACAGAGACCGAGACAGGGACAGAGAGAGAGACAGAGAUCGGGACAGAGAAAGGGACCGGGACAGAGACCGGAGGAGGCACAGGCGUGAAGACCCCGCCCCCUACAGCAAAAGCAAAAGAGGGAAAAAGGAUGAUGAGAUGGACCCUAUGGAUCCUAGUGCUUAUUCAGAUGCUCCAAGGGGCUCAUGGUCGACUGGAUUACCAAAGCGAAAUGAGGCAAAGACAGGUGCAGAUACCACGGCAGCAGGUCCAUUGUUUCAGCAGCGGCCAUAUCCCAGCCCCGGAGCUGUGCUUAGAGCUAAUGCUGCUAACCAAAUUCCGAAAGAGUGAAGUCGAAUUUAAAGUAGAUUCUUUUUACUUUUGUUAUUUUACACGUGUUGUUCCUAAUGGAAAUGGUAAACAAAUACUGUAUUUAUCAAACCCAGGAGCAGAUGUAAAUAUGUUUUUAUAAAUUGUGCAUGUCCAUUAACAUUAAAAUAAACAGACAACAGCUGUGAAAUUCA